AUGACCUUGCGAAUACACAUGUGAUUGCUGUGACCAAUGGAAAGAUUUGUUACAUAGCAAAGUUAUCCGAAAAUAUACAGUGACAGGAAAAGUGAUCAAAUUGGGUCAAAUUUUGUUCGAAAUGCCAAAUAAACCAAAAAAAGAAAAGACAACAACAAAACCUGCUAGUACAGUUAAACCGGCUUCAAAAGAGAACACAGACAACUCGGAUAAUGAGGCUAAAAAAAAGACAGCAACGACUGUUCCGGCCUCGGAGAACAGUCAUCCUCCCACCACAGCGAUAAACAAACUAAAAUUUACAGGUCCACCACAUGUGAAGAAGGAUAAACGACAGAACUCAUCGCGUUUCAACAUCACGAAGAACAGAGAAAUUGUAAAGCUGCCUUUGCUAAAAGAUGCCACGCCGGCAGAGCGGGAAGAGCUGUUUAUUCAGAAGCUUCGUCAGUGCUGCGUGCUGUUUGACUUCAUGCAGGACCCGCUGAGCGACCUCAAGUGGAAAGAGGUCAAGCGCGCUGGCCUUAAUGAGAUGGUGGAGUUUGUCACGCAGAAUCGGGGCGUUAUCACCGACGCCAUUUAUCCAGAGGCUAUACAUAUGUUCGCUACCAAUCUGUUCCGCACUUUACCACCAUCGUCCAAUCCGAGUGGGGCGGAGUUUGACCCUGAAGAGGACGAGCCCACUUUGGAAGCUGCUUGGCCACACCUACAGCUUGUCUACGAGUUCUUUCUUAGAUUUUUAGAAUCCCCAGACUUUCAACCCAAUACAGCAAAGCGAUAUAUAGACCAGAAAUUCGUAUUACAGCUUCUGGAUUUGUUUGAUAGUGAAGACCCCAGGGAAAGAGAUUUCCAGAAAACUAUAUUACACAGAAUUUACGGGAAAUUCUUAGGGCUUCGGGCAUAUAUACGGAAACAAAUUAACAAUAUAUUUUAUAGUUUUAUAUAUGAGACAGAGCGGCACAAUGGCAUCGCAGAACUGUUGGAAAUAUUGGGAAGUAUCAUCAAUGGUUUUGCGUUGCCCUUGAAGGAGGAGCACAAGGUGUUCCUGCUCAAGGUGCUGCUGCCCCUGCACAAAGUCAAGUCCCUUAGCGUCUACCAUCCACAGCUCGCUUACUGCGUUGUACAGUUCCUUGAAAAGGACCCCAGUCUCACAGAACCAGUGAUAAUGGCAUUGUUAAAAUUUUGGCCGAAAGUGCACAGUCCAAAAGAGGUGAUGUUCCUCAAUGAGCUUGAGGAAAUACUGGAUGUGAUUGAGCCAGCAGAGUUCACAAAGGUGAUGGGUCCGCUCUUCAAGCAGCUAGCCAAGUGUGUCUCCAGUCCCCAUUUCCAGGUGGCUGAACGGGCCCUGUAUUUUUGGAACAAUGAGUAUAUCCUGAGUCUAAUCAGCGACAAUGCAAGCACGAUUUUACCUAUAACGUUUCCGGCUUUGUAUAAAACCAAAGAACAUUGGAACAAGACUAUCCACGGCUUGAUAUACAAUGCACUGAAGUUGUUUAUGGAGAUGAAUCAGAAGUUGUUUGAUGACUGCACACAGCAGUAUAAAACAGAGCGACAAAAGGAGAAAGAAAGGGCAAAGCAUCGUGAGGAGACCUGGCUCAAACUGCAAAACUUGGCUAAAGGAAAUCCCCAGUUCAAGCUGUUUGGUCAACAGGCGAUGGAUAUGGGUGGGUCAAGCAUGGCAAACAGCACUGCAGACGACGACGAGGUGGUACUAGUGUCCCUUGAGAAACUCGAGAAGGAGGCAGUCGAGCAAUCUUUUAUGGUUUUCAAAAAAGGUGAAGCCAACAAAGGGGAAAAAUCAACAGAUCAAAUAACAAAAAAGAAACCAAAGGACAAGCCGUUGUUGCGUCGCAAAUCAGAAUUACCCCACGAUAUCACGAUGAUAAAAGCUCUAGACGGUCAUAAGCGCGCAGACGAGUUUUUAAAGACAAAUUUGGAAAAACUGAACUGAUAGUUCCUUGCAGGAGUGUUAACUGAAUAGCUCGUUCUGAACACUGUUGUAUUACUUCUCUUCUAGGAUCAGAAUUCAUAGAACUCUUGAGGGAAACCAAUUACUUGAUGUGAAAUAAAGUUAGAUGUUUGAGUCAAACCUUCUGUGCGAAAUUCAAUUAUAUAUGUUGAUCAAAAUGGUAAAAAAAACUACAACUCUAAAAAAAUGCUUACAAGUUGAAAACAUUUUUGGUUAAAAUACUUGCACUCAAAACCAUGGGCAUUGUGCAGAAUGUUAUAAAUUAAAUUGAGUUAUAAAUUGUUCCCCAAGUGUGCAUUGUGAAUACAGGCUUAGGUUUCUAGUUCCAUUGUUGAGAUUUUUAUUGACUGUAGCCAAGACAAAACAACUAUCUGACCUGUGUUCUAUCAAAAUUAUGUUCAUUAUUUUUCUUGCAUACUGUUUUAUUCUCACAUUUUUGUAGUCAAUAUGAAAUGUCUCAUUGAGUGCCCACCCUUUUUCUGUUGAUAAGCAAAAUUUUCUUUGCACAUCUGGAGAUAGUCGGGUCUUGCUCCCUCUCAAAAUUAUUUAUAUAGAUUUUACACUUGACUGAAUGGUAAUUGGCAUUUUGUUCAAAAGAACAACAGAUAUGUCAGAAUACAUACUGCUCCAACAUCACAGGACAUUUUAUCAAUAAUAAAUGUUUAUGUUGUCAUUGCCAUCUUGAUGUGAUAAAAAUAAUCAAGGCAGUUACACAAUGUUUAGUUGUAUUAUUAAUUUUCAAAAAAAAAAAUUCCAACACAAGAGACUAUAUCAUAGCCUCUAAUCAGAAAAUCACAUAUACAAUGUUUCUGUUAUUAUUGAACAUGUUUCGGCAUUUGUAGGAAAAUUAUGUUUAUGUGUUAGUGUCUGUAAUGUUAAGUAAAUUCUAUUUGAUGUGUACUGGUUUUCUCACCAAAAUCAAAUCUUAAUGAAUUUUCUGUGAAUUUGAUUUUACCUCAAAAGAUUUCAACACUUCAAAAUAACAUGAUACAAAUGUACUGUCUACAUUUAUAUGUGUUGAUCAUUAAAAGUUGAAGUGUUGACUUUAUUCACACUUAAAUGGCUUACCGUAUAGGUUUAUCUGUUGAGAACAAACUGAUAAUUUAACAUUGUAGCAUUCCAUAAUUUUGUGUGUACACUCUAAACUAGUCACAUGAAGUGCGUGACCUAGUUUGGAGCUUAACUAUUGGUAAACAUUCAUGUUUUGCCCAGUUGUUGUUUCAUAAUAUCUGACAAGAUAACAUUUUAUUGAUGUUAAAUUCAAAAUCCAUAUGAAAAACAGUUUAGUAUAAAAAGCCAUCUCUGACAUUACUCGUCAGUCUGAAUAAACCCAAAUGCUGACGAACAUGCAAUUAUAAAGUAAUUGACCUAUACAAGAUGCUUACAGAGAUCAUAAGUGUUUGGUAAAUUUGUCCAAGCUAUAACUACAAAACACAAGUCCUUGUACUGAGAAGCAUUUCACCAGAGUUAUGUUAACCUAUGUGUAACAUUUCAUGGAUGUGUACAUGUGUGUUACAUUUCUUGAAAAUGUACCAAUUUCUAGGAUAUGUACCUAUGUUUAACAUUUCUUGGACGUGGAUUCUAUGUUCAUAUGACCCUCUUCUUGGAAAAACUUGGCUUAAGCCCAGUGUAAUGGAUUGUUUGAAGAAGUUUCUUGUUAUUGAGAAUUCAGUUUAGGGGUUAAGGUGUCGUCCCUGUUUAGCCUGCGCAAACUGCACAGGCUAAUCUAGGACACUACUUUACACAAGUGCAUUAAGCCCAGUUUUCCAAGAAUGAGGUUCAUAUGAUUGGUAAAAUACAUAUUGCUGAGUAUGUUAGCUAUGAGCAGUUCAGGGAACAUUUUUUCUUGACAAUCCUAUCGAGUAUUUAGGUCUCAUUUUUGUUAGCUCAGUACAAGGUGCUCAUCUUGAUCUGUUGUGGUCAGCUUAUGUCCGGCAGAGCGUAUUGUGCGUCAUCAUUUUGUGACUCGUCACCUCUCACAGUGAUAUGACAUCUUUUAUGCAGCUGAAAUCUACAAUGCCUCUUGCAGUGCAAAACACAUUUGAUAAUGAACUUACAACAAAUAUUUGUUAUUGUGCAGUAAAUUGUUGAUACUGUUAGAAAUAUUAUUUAAUUAUUUAAAUACAUAAAUGGUUACAUCUUAAAAUAACUUCAUGAGCAUUUUUGUACAACAUUUUUAAUAAAUUAUUUAUUUGUUUAUACUAUCCCUUUUCUUAACUGUCGUAACCAAACUCGUGUUUGCUUAUGUGACCAGCUCACCAAGAUUUUGUAAUAAUUCCAGUUUGAAAUAUUCUGCCUGUUAUUUACUCUGUGUGUAGUAAAUUGUUUUGAGGAAAUGUUCAAAAAAUAGCAAGUCAGCUUAAACUACAAAAACAUAUGUGCCGGUGAAGCUUUGUAUUCAUAAAUUUUUGUUAUUUGUCUUGUAUACAUGGAGAUUAUUACAGUUUAGCUACUUUAAUAACAAUGCAAUAGUAAUUUACAUCAUUUUUUAUGUCCAUUCAAUUAAAGAUAUUGAAUUAUUUCAUCUCACUUUAUGUUGGUGUUUGAAGUUACAGUUUGGAUAUAAACUAGUAUUGCUUAGGGGUAGUCGUGGAGCAUGAUUGUGUAAUAACCUAGAUUAUUUGUAUUUGUCUGUUUUUGUAGCAUUUUCCUUGAAAUUGGGGCCAGCACUCUUCACCUUUUAAGAUUGUAGACUGUUCUUCGUAGAACGUUUUCAUGUGUGAAUUGUUUACGUCAACUUCUGCCGUAUUACUUAUACUUCAGAGGCUAUGUAUAAGUUAUAAAAACUGUUUUUAUGUUUUCUUUGCAAUGUAACCGAGCAUUGUUCAGCUGUGGUUACAUUCUACUGUGAUGUAGAAACUAGAUAGCACUAAAUCUUGUGAUUGGUU